AUGUCCCAGAACACAGGCACGAGCAGACCUCCAUCGCCUCCUCACUCGGUGGACGGCCAUUACAACAUGGGCGACGACAAUCGAGCUGGCCAACUGGGCCCCGUCAAGACAGAGCCAUACACACCACCGAUGCCGACGAGGUUGAUGAGGGCGGACAUGAUGCCACAGCAAGCUUUUCAUCCUUAUGUCGAACAAUCCCUAUAUCCAGAGCCCAGUCAAGUCUACUAUACACACCAGCAUGCUAUGAUCACCUCUGAACCAUCCCACACGCCGCCACCAGGCAUGCUCAACAUGGGCGUGCAGACUCGCAGCGGAAGAGCGCUCGCAACCACCCCCUCAAGCCCCGGUAACACCGAAUCGACACGCACAUCAGCCUCGCCGGCACCACGCAGUCAAGCACGAAGAAACCUCAAGAAGAAGCCAGCCAGGAAAGGCGCGCCCGUGAUCGACCAGCCCCUGAGCCUACUCACCAAAGACUACACAACACCAGUGAAGGACAUGGGCGCAUGGGUGCAUCGACCAGUGGCCGACCGGAUGGCCGAAGUGGAGAAAAAGAAGGGAUACAUCUCGCGACCGAUGAACUCGUUCAUGCUGUACCGAGCCGCGUACGCCGACCGAGUGAAGCAGUUCUGCAAAGAGAACAACCACCAGGUCGUGUCGCAGGUGACGGGCGCUUCAUGGCCACUGGAGCCUAAGGAGGUGCGGGAAAUGUACGAGCGGUAUUCUCUCAUCGAGCGCGACAACCACCAGGCCGCCCACCCGAACUACAAGUUCGCGCCCAACAAGGCGGCCAAGCGGCCCAGACCCGGACGCAACGACGACGACGGUGAUGAUGCCAGUGACAGCGAUCCAGACUGGGAGGGGUCCACCAGGAGCUCCAAACGCAGUCGCAGCGCCCGACGCUUUGACAGCCGAAGCGCCUCGUCGACUCCGUUGGAAGACAGACCUGUUCGCUAUCAUCACCCUCCUCCCAUGCAGGCUGCACUGAAUCUUUCCGGCUAUGAGAUCAGCAACCCAUAUGGGCCGCCACCUUUGGUCAUGGGUCCCGGGGGCAUGAUUGGCGAGUAUUAUCAGCCCUCGUCGACGGCAAUGGGCCCCUAUGGAGAGCAAAUCAGCGAUAUCAAGUAUGAGAAGAUGCACGAUCCUUUCCCUUCCUACCAGACCACCAUGGGUCUUCUGGGCAUGCCGAAUGCCGGUCACCAUGAGCUGUUGUCGUCUUAUCCGCCGCCGCAGUCCAUGGAAUAUCCCGUCCAACACAAUGUGCUCGAUCCGCGUCUGGGCCAUUUUGACCCGAACUAUCCGCUCGUCUAUUACGGAGACGCGAUGAAGCCUCCCCAGGAGAUCCCAAGGACAAUCUCCUAUGAGCCAGUCUCCCAGCUCGAAGUCGGCUAUCAACCAGAGGCAUAUCACCCGGGACUGGCCACUUUGACCGAGGAACAUGAUGUUUGGGGGGAUGCGGCGCAUGCUGGAUCCGACUUUGACUCGGAAUUUCAGAAGUUAAGGUGA